AUUCAGACCUCCUUCUCCUGCUCGGUGCGUCUCCUCAGUCCGAUCGCUGGCUCUCCGUCCCCACGAUCGUGGUAAGAAUGCUGCGCCGCGGGCUCCUGGGUCUGCUGGGGCUCCUUGUGCUCUGCAAAGGCCAGGAGGAGAGUGGAGCAGGCGAGUCCUGCGAUAACUUCACCGACCUUGACCUGACCCACUGCUUCGUGGGAACCACCCUGUACGUGCGGCUGCUGCUCUACACCCACUCCAAUCUCGACUGCGGCCAUGAGUUAAACCACCACCACCUGUCCUCCCAGCCACUCUUCAACCUCUCCCAUCCCACCGCCUUUGUUAUCCAUGGCUACCGGCCCACCGGAGCGCCCCCCAUCUGGAUCAACCACAUAGUCCACCUGCUGGCCGAGCAAGAAGACAUGAACAUCAUCGUGGUGGACUGGAACAAAGGGGCGGCCAACCUCAACUACUUCACUGCUGUGACUUACACCAGAGAGGCCGCUCUCAACCUGACGGGCUUCAUCAUGACGAUGGAGGCUGAAGGAGUCCCUCUGAGCUCAGUUCACCUGAUCGGUGUCAGUCUGGGAGCUCACCUGGCUGGAUUUGUGGGAGCAAACCUGAAGGGGAAGAUUGGCCGCAUUACAGGUCUGGACCCCGCUGGGCCGAUGUUCACCAGCGCCACACCGGAGGAGAGGCUGGACCCUUCAGACGCCAUGUUUGUGGAUGUACUUCACACCGACAUGAACUCCUUCGGACUGAGAGGAGCUCACGGCCACAUCGACUUCUACGCCAACGGUGGAGCCGACCAACCGGGGUGUCCCAAAACCAUCUUUUCAGGUAAAUCUUACUUUGUGUGUGACCACCAGCGCUCCGUCUUCCUGUACCUGUGCGCUCUGAAUCGAACCUGCAGCCUCACCGGUUACCCCUGCGCGUCCUACAGCGACUUCCUGGACGGCCGCUGUCUGCAGUGUGAGGCCUUUAAACCCGCCUCCUGCCCCGUACUCGGUUAUGACCUCAGCCCGUGGAGGGAGACUCUGCUGCAGCUCGGACAGACCAAAGUCUUCUUCAGCACCACCGCCGCGCUGCCCUACAGGAAGCUCGUGUACAGAGUGGACAUGGUGACGUGGAACCAGUACCUCCGCUGGGGGGUCGUCUACAUCCGGCUGCACAGUGGCAGGAAUUUCACAGAGGCCCGGAUAGACCAUAAGCUGCUGCGGUUCGAGCAGUACACCUCCACGCGGCUGCUGGCCCAGUUCGAUGAGGAUCUGCAGCACGUCCAGAAGAUCUCCCUGCGAAUCAACACCGGCAACGUGAUCGGCCCUCGCUACAAAAUCAGGCUGUUGCGAAUCCGCUUCACCCCGCUGGAACGUCCUGAGAGGCCUCUGAUGUGCCGCUUUGACAUCAUCAUGGAGGAGAACAUAGAGGUGGCGUUUCGACCUCUGCCCUGCGGCUCCCGCCUCUGAGUCUCGCGCAGGCCUAAUUCUCCUCCUUGGAAAUGAAUCCCGCUCACCUACAAUCCUUCCAGAGGACACGCAGACGUCCUCUGGGUGCUGCGGGGUCUCCCGUCCCACCCGGCAAACCUGCAGGGGCCCCACAGGGGAGCUGCCGGCCUCCUCGCUCCUGACUGUGGAUUACUCCUGGUUAUAACUACCAGGAAGUGGAAAGCUAAUAAAAGUUAAGCUGCAAGAAAACUGAGAUUUGUGAAGAGAUGCUGGACGAAGCUGAAACUGACGUCGUCCUGAGAUCAGCUCACCGGACGUUCAGUCUGCUGUGACACUGUGAACGAUGAAGUGCAGAAUUAAUUUGUGUGUUUAAAGCUGAUGCAUUUGCAGAAAGAAAAUGUUCUAUAAAUAUUACAGUUUUAUCUACAGACCUAAAUGUUGUCAUUUACUUUGAAUGGCAGAGAGAAUUUACAAAGAAGCUUUUAAACAGUUAAAAAAAAGUUUUAAUGCCAUAAAAUCUGGAUUCAUGAGAAGCUUUUCUGAGGUACAUAAAACAACAUAUUCCUCACUGUUCUCAGCCUCUAAUAUUCUGGACUUACAGCUUCUUCUCUGGGCAGAAUUUAAACCCUCACUUGGAAAAACAUGAAUUUUUUUAUUAAUCUGCCACUACAGAAACAGGGAAACCUGGGCCAUGUGAACAGGUGAUGUUUGGUUUUACUGUGCAUUAAAUGCAGCGUCCUAAUGGCCAGUUUCACACACACAGCUUCUUCUCUCGGUGCCUUUUUACCUGCAGCUUCUCUGUGUGCAAACCCCCCCCCCCGCUGCAUGCAUAAAUAUCCCGGCCGUUCAACUCUGCAAACACGCAGCGAAUGAAUGAGCUAAAAAGAUCAGUUUGAAGGCAGAUUAUCUUCACCCAGCAGGAGGGCUGAGUCCACUCUGACGUUUGUUCAGACUAAGCCGGGCAGUUUGUUGUGGUGCAGCGCCGCUGAGUCAUGUGACUUUCUGGCACGGUUACAGUAACUUGAACAGUGUAACUUUGCAUUAAAGCCCUUUUUUUUUU